AUGACUACCAAGCUCACCUGGCUCAUCACUGGCUGCUCCUCUGGCUUCGGCCUUUCCUUGACCCGUGCUGCCCAGGCUGGCGGACACAAAGUGAUUGCGACCUCGCGCAACCCAUCACGGACUCCGGAGCUAGUUGCCGAGAUCGAGUCCAAGGGGGGUAAUUGGGUCCAGCUUGAUGUGGACAGUCGCGACAGCGGCAAUGUCAUCACCGCGCUCGAAAGCGGUGGCGACCAUAUUGAUGUCCUGGUCAACAACGCUGGCUAUUCCAUCUACGCUCCUAUCGAGACUAUGGAGGAGGAGGAGGUGAGAACCCAGAUGGAGACCAUGUACUUUGGUCCCUUACGUCUCAUUCGGGCCGUUCUGCCCCAUAUGCGUCAGCGAAAGUCCGGCGUGAUUGUGAAUAUGAGCAGUGGUGCUUCGCUUGACGGUAUUCCCACUAUGGGUGUGUACGCGAGUGCAAAGGCUGGGUUAGACGCCCUUACCAAGAUCCUCGCCAAGGAGGUUACCCCAUUCAACAUCCGCACCCUGACUGUCGUUCUCGGAACCUUCAACACCAACAUGCCUAACUCGGUGGUUCUGGGCAAGACUCCCCUGCCGGAAGACUACAAGGGAACCUUCACCGAACAGGUCCAGGGUCUUUUGGUCAGUGGGAAAAUCAAGCCCAACGGUGACAAGGAUAAAGCAAUGCAGGCUGUGUACCAAGUGGUUGUUGGUGAAGGAGUUGGUGAAGGCCAUCAAACAGAGAAGCUUCUCGCUCUAGGGAGUGAUAUGACCCCUCGACUUAAAGGGGUUCAGGAAUAUCUCGGUCAUGCUUUAGAGGUGUUUGGCUCUGUGACCAAUAGGGUGAAUGUCGAUAAUUAG